CAUAAUGAUAAUUGAGCCCCCAUUAAAAUGAUAUUGCUUAAUAGAUUGUCCAGAAAUAUAUAAAUAAAAGCUCAUUGUAAUUCUCACACGAUCCAUAGAUAGUUUGAAACUGAAAUGAAACCUCACAAUCCCACAUAAAUUGUUCAAAGCUCUCCUCUAUGAAUAACAUGCCACUAAUAAAAAGGAAAUGGAUUUAUAAUAAUAAUAAAAAAAAGAAAUGAAGAGUUGUUGAUUCAAGGAAAUCAUAUGCUAACAACUCAACUAAAAGGAAACCAUCAAAACUUGAAAGCAAAUGACAAAAUUAGAGUUACAUCCAAUAUGCUAAUAGACUCGAUCAAAGUAAUGAGCACAAAUUUAGACACUCCUUAUCUACAGGUUCCAGUAGUUUGAAUAGUGCUCGACCUUAACUUUAGUAAAUCAAUCAAUGAUUCCUCGUUUUAACAUAAACAUAGGUUGUGGUAGUUGCAACAACCAUAACACCUAAAGAUCCAAUAGUUUCUACUCUCCGUUGUACAACCAACUUUUUAUCCCCUCCAUCUUCAAUCUCUCGACGUAUAUGUUUUAAACCAAAAAUCAAUUUUUAAUCCUCCUUCUACAACUCCAUUUAUGCUACUUUGAUGGACCUUCUCUCCAUGAACCUGAAUUUCUCUUUCAAUUGAGUUUAUUGUCAGUUUGAUCUCCAACUCCUAAUUCCUCUUUCUUGUAUUUGGCCAACUCAUCUUCCUCGGGCCAGUUUUAAUAAGCUCGUAAAACCGACACUCAUCUUCAAUUCCAUCAAUAUGCUUUUCUCCUCCUUCUAUGCCUUCACCUGAUCCAGUUCACUUCCAUGCCCUUCAAUACCCUCUCCAUUUUCAUUAAUAUCCUGAUCAUCUACCACUUCUCUCUCUUCAACUGCUCCGAUUUUGCUUCUAUGUCUUUCAAUACCCUCUUUGGUUCAAUCACUACCCUGACCAACUGCCUCUUCACUGCCUUCACUUGUUGCAAACUACUUCCAUGACUUUUAUACACCUUCCUCUAAAUCACAAUCAACUAACCAAUAUCAAUCCAUGGCCUUGGAUCAGUUUUAGACUCUCUAUGAACAUCUCAAUACCACCAAGUCUAAAUCUAAAUAUUCUUUCAGUUAACAUGAACUUGAGUUUAUCAAAAUCUAAUCCACUCCUUCUAAGUUAGAAUUCCCAUCCCCAAGCUCAUUUUUGGUUCAUUUGAUCCCGCAUAACCAUGAUAUUAUACCUCUAACUAAAUAAAUCAAAGCAUUUUACGAAAAGAAACUGAACCAUGAACUUUACCUGCUACCAAAUCCAAACACAAUUUCUUCUCCUCACCACUUCCCUUAAUCCCUUCCCAAACCCAAUAUCAACUUUUACUCCAAGUACGCACCCCCAACUCCCAGUGUGUUGAGUGAAAGCUUAAUUUUAGCAAUCAUUAUGCUUGCAAUUAGAUUAAUGGACACCAGCAAACGCCAAAAUUCCACCAGACGAUGAGUUGUCUUCACUUUGAGUUUUGUCAUAAAAUUGUUGGCCCCAUAUGUUUAUCAGUUUGGAGGCCAUAUGAAGAGCAAUACCGAAUAAGUUGCAGCGAAGUUACCGGUCACAGUAAUGACAAUGUGAAACAUGUGUUAACAAACGCGAAUAUGGGUUACUUUAAUGGAUUGACAUUAGAAUGAUGGGAUUGGACAAUGAGAUCGUCCUUAGUUAAGCGACAUGUAAAUUGGUCAUUUGGUAUGGAGGACACAAACCGUUAAAAUUCUAAAUUAUUUGGGUAAGUUUGUAUUUAGUGUUUUCAAAAUCGUGGGAUAUGAGUUAGGUGAUUAAAAUAUCUAAACCCGAAUGAACCAACCCACGCACACCCCUAGGAAGAGUUUCAAAACUUAGUAUUUAUCCGGACAAAAAUGUUUAGAGAACCGGUCUCCUAUAGUUUGCAUAAAGAUAUGAUUGCUUCACUAUAGUUAGGGAAAUUAAUGAUAAUUUAAGAAUUCUAUAUCGCUUCUACAUAUUCAAUACUAUAAUUCGAUAUGAAAUAUUGGAACCAACAAUAUUUUGGUUGCAAAUUUAUGGUUAUUGUCUAUUUAUAAUAUAGAUAAAAUUUAAAUUAAGUAUUAAACUAUAAUUAAAUAAAAAUAUCAAACUUUAAGUAUCAAACAGUGAAAACACCAAAUAAGUACUUGCGGAAUAUUUAUUGGGCUAGCUAAAUGUUAAAAAGUUUUGUGAUUUCAUAUUUUAGAUUCGUAUAUAUUUUUAAUUUAAAAAAAAACAACAAAUCUACAUAGUCUGAUUGAUUUUAAACCUUUACUUUGUUUGAAGUGACCAUGGUUCAAAUCUCAAUAUGUCUAUCUUUUUCUGUAAAUAAAUAAAAAAAUACAGAUAAUUGUGAAGACAAAAAUGUCCUUCCUAAUUUCGUUCUCAUUGCAGCAAAUUGAAAAAGGGAGAUUAAGUUUCAAAUAAUUAAAUCUUAUACCCUAAACCUAUAGAACUUAAACCCUAAUAUCACAUAUAUUAAGAACAUAAUCAAUGAUUCCGAUUCGCCAAGAUGUAUACAACAUAUCAUAUGCACUAUAUUAGGAUUUAGAGAAUUAUGAUAUAGGGUUUAGUUACGUGAUUAAUCUAUGGUCCAGAUAAUGUUAUUUAACUAAGGGGAUGCAAUAACCCUCAAUCCAUCGAGCGUACCGUAUAAUUCCCAAUGUAUAUACACAUACCAUUGUUUGUUAAAUUUAGUCAAUGAUAAUUGGCUCAUUUGUCAAUGGUAUUUAGUCUUUCAAUUCUAUGCUCAUAAUUCUCAACCAUUAGGGAAAUUGUUAGCCAAUGAUUUUUGGUCAUUCACUUGUAGCAUUGAAAAUGUCUCGUUACAAAAUCAUAGAUCACAAAUGUCAAAUUUUAUGUUUUGAAAUAAAAUUUUGUAUAGCACUUUUGUAAACAAUCCUUGUAUUCCUACAAACUGCAAAGUCAUGUAACCUAAUAAAUGUAAAAGUUGUAAGACAUACAUAAACUCAAAAUGUACUAUUUGAUUCUUGGUGAAGAAUUGUGUGAUUAGAGGAACUCACUUAGUUGAUUCAUAAAGCUAGGUAUAUCAUGAUGAUUCACUUUGUAAAUAAUUAUAAUUAUUAAUUAAUUCUAUGAUUGAUUGUUGCGGUGGAUAGUCCUAUGAUUUUGAGAUAUUUCAGUAUUUUGUCUCUUUAAUUCAAAAAAUACAUAAACAUUGUUGUAGUCCAGUUGGUUAGGGAUAUUGACUGUCAAUUUGAAGGACUCGAGUUCAAGUCUUGGUAUUGACAUUUUUUUUGAGUAGUUGCUGGGACGUGUGUACUGAUUUCCCAAAUAAUAAAAUAAGCCCGAAAGUGGAACAUAUGAUUAGGGUAUAGGUUAUGUGGUUAGUGUAUAAUGUAUUGAUGGUUUAGGGUAUACAAUCAACAACAUAUACUAACUUAAUAUUGUUGAUUGAGGGUAAAGCUAAGUGUAUAGGAUAUAUGCUAUUGAGUAAGUUAUGAUUGAAGUCACAAUAAUUUUACUAAAUUUGAUAGCUAAUCUUUAAUGGUUCAAUUUUUAGGAUAAUUCGAACAAUUUUACAAAUAACUCGUUUGGCAACAGUUUACUAAAGUUAUUUGGGCAAUGAGUUAUUUUGAAAUAACUCCUUUUAUCACUAUGCUUUUGCCAAAUACCACACGCCAAAUACCAGAUUUGCAUGGUUAUACUAAACGAAAUACUUUAAUCCAAUUACUACUGAAUUAAUACUAAAAUAUCAAAUAAACAAUUAACGAUGUCUUUUGGUUGCAAAUAUUGAUAUCACCAUUACUAUUAGCUAUAAUACUGUACCAAUUAUGAUUAAUUACAUAACAAGUUUGCAAGUCAUACAAAUUGAUUUAACAUUUUGACUAGUUUUUUUUUCAAAAAAAUAAAGUAUAUAUAUACGAGGUAGAAAUAAAUUGGUUAAAAAGUUGAGAAAAUAUUUUAAAUUAGUGUAAUAAAAUGUGUAAGUUGGUAAUGAGUAAUGAGUUAAGUUACUUGAUGCGCUGGCCCGAACAACCCGAAACCCUACCCGCUCGCAACCCGCCCGACCCAAAACCCGAUGAACCCGCAACCCGAUUGAAUCCGAACCCGAUGAACCCGCAACCCGACUAACCCGCAACCCGUUUGAACCCGAACCCGAUGAACCCGCAACCCGACUAACCCACAACCCGUUUGAACCCGAACCCGAUUGAACCCAGCCCGAACCCGCCCGAUUGACACCUAUAGCUGCACACGAGCCCGAGUCGAGUCGAGUUUUUGCUUAGCUUGAGCUCGGCUCGUUUAUUAAUUUUUCAGCUCGAGCUCGGCUCGAACUCGAAUUUUGAUAAUCCAGCUCGAGCUCGGCUUGAAUAAAAAUAAUCUAGCUCGAGCUCGACUCGGUAGAGCUCGAUAAAUGCUCAUUAACAUAGCUUGUCAAGCUAAGUACAAGCUCGGCUCAAGAUGAGCUCGAUUUAAAAUCAUUUUUGCUGGAAAAAAUGUAUAAACAUAAGAAUUUAAAUGAUAGAAAGAACACUAGAAACUAGAAAUAACAUCUAAAUUUCAUACACAUCUGUAUUAUAAGAUAAUGUUCAUGUUUAAAAGAGUAAUUCAUCCUUCCACAAGCUCAAAACAAGGCAGCUCGCGAGCUUAGCUCGACAAGCCACCAAAUCAAGCUAGCUCGCGAGCUUAUCAAGCUGAGCAUGGUCUAGCUCAGGCUUGGCUCGUUAACUAACGAGUUGGCUCGCGAGCCGGCUUGUUAAAUAACGAGUCGAGUGUCGAACGAAUUUUUCCCGAUUCGAACGCCGAGUUGCUCGCGAACGACUUGGCUCAUUUGCAGCCCUACACGUACCCCUUGCUAGCAUUUUACGCGGCCACGUCAGCCGAUUUAUUUCCCCAACCGUCCCAACUAUACCGCUGCGUUUUCUUUUCCUCUCUGCCUCCGCUAUUACGGUAUUACGAUUACCCCAUGUCGAGCAAGAAUAACAUAUUCAAGCCCAACCGCCGCUCGGCCGCUGCUUCUUCUAAUCUUACUCCCGACAGAUCUCGCCGCCGAUUCUGCACCAUCAUUUCCACCAUGCUGGCUAUUUACUUUGUCAUUCCAUGCUUCGAUUCUUUCUCUGCCUCUGUUCUGCUCCCCUUUGUCAUUCAUAAUCAAAUUUCAAUUUCCCGCAUGUUCGCCCCAACCCAACCACUCUCCAUCGCUUCUAUCGAAAUUCUUAUCGGUUCCAACUUCUAUGAAGCGACCCAAGCGGAGGUACGGCGGAAUUUAUACGCCACUUCCUCACGUUCAUUUUUCCCGCCGCCCACUGCUCAAAAUCAUGGUCCAUGAAACCGUACCAUAUCGGUGGUUCAACUAUAUGAAAUAACAAUAUUGAAGGCUAAAUCGGUAGGCGGUAUUUAACGGUGCUAAUGAUUGAGCUAUGGUUAAACCACGAUUUUACCAUAACGUACCAUGCCGCUGACUAUCCAAAUACAAUCUCCGAUACAAAUUCAUGGAUCAUGCUCAAAACCCUUACUUCUAUCUCUACCACUGGGCAGAUCUGCGAUUCUUGGUUGGAGAUUGAAUAUCUUUACUCUGGAACCUCUGCGGAGGGACGAAUUGUAAACUCACUGACAAAGGGCUUUCUCUACCCUCCAAUUUUGCUCAAAAUUUCAACCGCAACUUUUAGCAUGGAUAAUCACCUUUAAGAGUUCAAAAUUAUAAUUUAGUCACCUAAGAUUAAAGAACUAAUUAAUUA